AUGUACACUUCAUGCAUAGAUCCAGGAAUGGAUGAAAGAUUUAAGCCAUGGAAGAAAAGGCUGGUGGAUCAUGGAGAUGUCACUGGCUCUGAGUGGUUUUACUUUUACAGUGUUUCUUUAACCCAGUCGUUUGCAGCAGGCCAUGCCACCAAUAAUAUUCUGGGCCGAGCAUUCUGUUCUGGUGGUUUUGUUUGGCUUGCAGGUGCUCAUGAGCUUCAAUUCUAUGAGUGUGAGAGAGUGAAAGAAGCUAGAAGGCAUGGAAUUCAAACUUUGGUUUGCAUUGCAACUCCGUAUGGGGUGCUUGAAUUGGCUUCUUUGGAUGUGAUCAAAGAAGAUUGGGGCCUUGUGCAUCUAUCAAAAUCACUCUUUAGAUCAGAUAACAGCAACAACAACAGGGUCUCGCAGCAACAGGGCAGCCGUCAGGGCAAUGUGCUUGCUCCUCUUCUAGAAAAGGGGAUCUUCUCAGGAUCUCAGAAGGAACUGGCCAGACAAGCAGCUGGUACAAAGGAAGCUGCACCUAUCACUAUAGGUGGAUCAUCACCAGAAUCACUCUCUGGCUCUGUUGGAAACUUCACAUGUGAGAAUACAGAAAACACUCGAUCGAAAAAGAGACGCAGAUCAUCGAACAAUGGGGCUAGUAGAGAAUCAUCAUUGUUAAACCAUGUUGAGGCAGAGAGACAGCGGAGAGAGAAGCUUAACCAUCGAUUUUAUCUCCUCCGGUCUGUUGUUCCCAAUGUCUCCAAAAUGGACAGAUCCUCUUUACUUGCUGAUGCUGUGGCAUACAUCAAUCAGCUGAAAGCAAAAGUUGAGGAAUUGGAGCUCAAAACACAAGCACAACCUCAAAAUACUGAAAGGGUUAGCGUUAAUAAUCUUGACAAUCAGUGCAGCCAGAGCACCAGCUCCAUAGUUGAUCAUCAUAAUCAUCAUCAUCAUUCAAGUUAUAAUAAUAGAACAGUUGUGCCAGUGGAAGUGGAAGUGAAGAUUAGGGGAUCAGAAGCGAUAAUACGAGUUCAGUGUCCGGAUCAAGACUACCCGUAUGCUCGAUUGAUGAACGCACUCAAAGGUCUGGGGUUACAAGUUUACCAUGCAAGCAUAUCGAGUGUGAAAGAGUUGAUGAUUCAAGAUGUUGUGGCAAGAGUACCUUAUGGGUUCAAUAGUGAUCAGGAGGCCAUGAGAACCGCCAUUAUGAAAAGAUGGCACAGAUAGAAAUCAUCAAAUCAGUACUUAGCUUCCAUCCCUAGCUAAUGAUGAAAAUGAUUUCCCAUUGAUUUUCUCAUUCGUCUUCUUUGGUAGUGCUUGUUGUAAUUCAAAA